CCCUGGCAUUCAGAAAUGCAACACUUUUAGCUACCAUUAAUUAGCUCAAAGUAGUUCCACUCUGAAAUGUAAAACAGAGGAAGGCUAUUGAACAAAAGUUUCACUUAACCCCAAAUCCCAUUUCACACCAGAUUUCUACUUGUAAAUUUUACACCCAAAAAGAAAAUAUAACUGAUAAACUUUACAUUUGACUGUUCACCUUUAGAGAAUGAGUUGUGGAGACUCUGACUCUGGGUGAACAGGAUGGACAGAGCACAUCUGGCCAGACAAAGAGAGAGAGAGAGGUGGAGAAAGAGAGAGGUGGGGAGGGGGUUGGGUACCCUGCAGCUGGACUCUGAGAGCUGUACUGAGUCUUAUUAGGGGAUCUGUGUGUGUAGCUGUUCUGCUGCUGCUGCUUAAAUGCCUUUAUAUGAUCAAUUACAGCCUGAAACAGCUCCCCCACCGAGCCUGAUCCCUCUAACCUAAAGACUGACUGAGAGGAAUAUUAAAUAUGCUGGAGACGUAUAAGGAUGAAUCAUGGCCGUACUGAGGAAAAUUAACCGAGUGCUGCUGAUGCUGCUGAUCCUGAUGUCCUUGGUUGUCCUGUACAGCAAGAUGUUUAAAGCACGUCUAACAGCAAAUCACUCAGAUCAUGAGCACCACACCCCAGAACAGACAGUUGAGGGUGGGUCUGAGUCGGAGGUGGAGACGGACAUCCCGGUGGUCAUCUGUGCCUCUGAGGAACGUCUUGGAGCUGCCAUGACCACAAUCAAUAGUGUCUACAGCAACACAAAGGCCAGCGUGUUCUUCUAUAUAGUAACCCUGCGAGAUGCCAUCAGACUGAUACGGCAGUACAUUGAGAAAACCAAGCUGAAAGAGAUCAGGUAUAAGAUUCUGGAGUUCAACCCCAUGGUACUGAAAGGAAAGGUGAAACCGGAUUCAUCCAGACCAGACCUGCUUCAUCCUCUGAAUUUUGUUAGAUUCUAUUUGCCUCUGCUUGCCAUCAGUAAUCACAAAAGAGUUGUUUACCUGGAUGAUGACAUCAUUGUGCAAGGAGAUAUCCAGGAGCUGUAUAAUAUCAAGAUGGAGCCGGGCCAUGCGGCUGCGUUUGCAUCAGAUUGUGACCUGCCCUCCACUCACGAGAUGGUGCGCAGUGUCGGCAUGCUAACCACCUACAUGGGGUUCCUGGACUAUCGGAAGCAGGAGGUGAGGGACCUGGGCAUAAAUCCCAGCGACUGCUCCUUUAAUCCGGGGGUGUUCGUGGCUGAUGUGGAGGAGUGGAAAAAGCAAAAGAUCACCAAGCAGCUUGAGAAAUGGAUGAGCAAGAACUUCCAGGAGAACCUGUACAGCAGUGCACUGGCUGGUGGUGUGGCCACUCCUCCGAUGCUGAUUGUGUUUCAUGACAAAUUCACAACAAUCGACCCAAAGUGGCACGUCAGACAUCUGGGCUGGAGCCCUGAUGCCCGCUAUGCUGAAUCCUUCCUCCAGGAGGCAAACCUGCUUCACUGGAAUGGCCAUUUCAAGCCCUGGGACUACCCCUGUGUGCACCUUGACCUCUGGGAGAAAUGGUUUAUUCCUGACCCCUCUGGGAAGUUCUCACUGGUGCGGCCUGAAAUUUAAAAGGGGAGAAGGUGGUUUCUCCUGAGACUGAAGACUGAAGCUUGCUCCAGUGUUGUGUCCAGGUGGAAGGUGUUCUGUACUGUGUGCUGUCCCUAAUGAAAAAUCCAGCUUCAAGCUGAAAACAUACCAUCUGCUGGUAAACUGGAGACUGCAGCUUAUCUUCUGACCAGCAUAGUGCAUUUACGGAUUUAGUAGUCAAAUUGGUUCACAUGGCCAAUCUGGCUGUGGAGCUGGACAUACUGGUUGACUUGUUUGAUCAAGAGGUCAUUCAUACAAAAACAAGUCAUAUAGACAUUUAUAAGCCUUGAUAUCCUCAAGAUUUCAUUGGAAAAACCCAGCCAGCUAUAUACACGGUCUCACAGUUUAAUACACCUCUGGAUAUAAAUAUAAAAAUAAGAGACCACCUAAAAAUUAUGAAUUUCUUUGAUUUUACUAAAUUGAAAGAAACGUCUGGAAUAUAAUCAAGAGGAAGAUGGAUGAUCACAAGCCACCAAAACCAAACUGAACUGCUUGAAUUUUUGCACCAGGAGUAAAGCAGCAUAAAGUUAUCCAAAAGCAGUGUGUAAGACUGGUGGAGGAAAACAUGAUGCCAAGAUGCAUGAAAACUUUGAUUAAAAACCAGGGUUAUUUCACCAAAUAUUGUAGUUUAAUUUUAGUUGAGGCCAAUUCAACUACUCUGCACUACUGCACAUGCUCAGUUUCACUCUUUAGUUAAACAGGGUCUACUGAGCAAUUCUGCAGGGGUUUUCACCUGAUGUUGGUCGGUCACGCUAUUUGCAUAUUGGGCGUGUCCUCCCACCUCUCACUCACCAUCAGUGUGAAAUCAUUCUCCACAGGCUGCCUUCCCUUGAGAUUUCUAUAUGUGUUUUAUAAUAGUUAACUGCCUGGCCUCAGUGUUAAAGGCUAUAAGAGCAAGUUGCUAUGGUUUGUGUGAUUGUACACUAGCCAUUUCCAACUGGUUACUUUUGACAUUUGGUUGUGACUGACAAUGAAACACCUAUGCAAGUCAUAAAUCCUCAGCUGCUACUUUAAAUUAAUAAAAUUCAUCUAACUUAAUGUUUUGUUAAUGUAAAAUGUAUUGUACACAACAUACUUUAUUUGAUCCUAAAGGAUAGAAAACUUAAAUUAAAAACUAGAAACAUGAA